AUGGCUGCUAAGAAACUAAGAAGAGCAAGGUUGUCUCAGGAGCUCUGUGAAAGGCUGAGUCGCCAUCAGAUCACUACCUGUCAGGACUUUUUAUGUCUUUCCCUCUUGGAGCUAAUGAAAGUGACGGGACAGAGCUACUAUGAUGUGCAGAGGCUUCUUCGUAAAGUCAGCCAGGCUUGUGCUCCCAAAAUGCAGACAGCUUAUGAAAUGAAACUAAGGAAAUCUGUCAAUCCCUCUUCAGCCUUUUUGUCCACCACACUGCAUAAUUUGGAUAAAGUCUUGUAUGGUGGAGUGCCCUGUGGAUCCCUCACGGAGAUAACUAGUCCACCGGGUUGUGGCAAAACUCAGUUUUGUAUUAUGAUGAGUGUUCUGGCUACGCUACCUGUAAGCAUGGGAGGACUGGAAGGGGCCGUUAUAUACAUUGACACGGAGUCUGCAUUCAGCGCUGAAAGGUUGAUUGAGAUAGCAGGAAACAGAUUCCCUUCUUAUUUUGACUCGGAUGAAAAGCUGUUCUGCAUGACUCGUAGCAUUCACUUGUAUCGAGAGCUGACCUGUGGCAGUGUACUGAAGAGGAUUAUGUCUUUGGAAGAAGAAAUUAUUUCAAAGAAAGUUAAACUCAUAAUAAUUGACUCUGUUGCUUCAGUUGUCAGAAAAGAGUUUGACACAAAACUCCAAGGCAACCUGGCAGAAAGAAGUAACUUUUUGGCUAGAGGAGCAUCAAUGUUAAAGAAUUUGGCAGAGGAGUUCUCAAUACCA